UGGGGAUGGUAACACUCUGUUUUACGUCGUUCAUGUGGCACGCAGUGGCAGGGUUAAAUAGGGAUAGAGCUACGAGAAGAUUGUCUUCUGUUUACCUCGGGAUAACGUGCAUGUUGGCAGUUCCCUGGGAGCUAUGGUUCUCGGGUGAAAAAGACUCAGCGGAAAACAGAUGUGCCACUUCAAAUGCAGUAACAUGCACAAAGUGUCUUGCUUUGGGUCCAGAGUGUGGAUGGUGUGCUCAAGAGGAUUUCAUGGCUGGCACAACACAGAAGGGACGCUGUGACACUGUUUUCAACUUAAUGAAAAGAGGCUGCCAAUCAGAUUUGGUUGAAAACCCCACGGUUCAUGUCACAAUACCUAGUGACCAUGAAACAAAUACACAAGUGACACCAGGAAAAGUUUCAGUCCAACUGCGUCCAGGAAGUGAAGCAAACUUUAUGUUAAAAGUUCGUCCUUUAGAGAAAUAUCCUGUGGAUCUUUACUACUUAGUUGAUGUCUCAGCCUCUAUGCACAACAAUAUAGAAAAGUUAAAUUCUGUUGGAUUUGCUUUAUCUAAAAAGAUGGAGAAUAUUUCUCUUGAUUUUCGACUUGGAUUUGGAUCCUAUGUGGAUAAAACUGUGUCACCUUAUAUUAGCAUUCAUCCAGGUAGAAUCCAUAACCAGUGCAGUGACUACAAUUUAGAUUGUAUGCCUCCUCAUGGUUAUAUUCAUGUGCUAUCCCUGACUGACAAUAUAGCAGAAUUCAGAAAUGCAGUGAAUAAACAAAAAAUUUCUGGGAAUAUUGAUACACCUGAAGGGGGUUUUGAUGCAAUGCUCCAAGCAGCCGUGUGCCAGAGCCAUAUUGGGUGGCGUAAAGAAGCAAAGCGGCUGCUUCUUGUGAUGACAGAUCAAACUUCCCAUCUAGCCCUUGAUAGUAAAUUAGCAGGAAUUGUAAUUCCCCAUGAUGGAAACUGUCACUUGAAAGAUAAUGUGUACAUCAAAGCUACGAGUAUGGAGCAUCCAUCUCUUGGGCAGCUCUCUGAAAAAUUGAUUGACAAUAACAUCAAUGUUAUUUUUGCUGUUCAAGGAAGCCAGUUUCAUUGGUAUAAAGAUCUGUUACCUCUCUUGCCUGGUACUGUUGCAAGACAAAUAGAAUCCCAAGCAGCAAAUCUCAAUGAUUUGGUGGUAGAAGCCUAUCAGAAACUAAUCUCUGAAGUGAAAAUUCAAGUGGAUAACCAGAUCCAAGGUCUUCAUUUCAAUAUCACUGCAAUCUGUCCUGAUGGAAGUAAAAAAACUGGCAUGGAAGGAUGUAAAAAUGUGGGAUAUAAUAAAGAAGUACUUUUCAAUGUAUCAGUUACAAUGAAAGGAUGUCAUACAACUGGAGGAACAAAAUAUGUCAUACUUAAGCCUAUUGGUUUCAAUGAAACUGCCAUUGUCAAUGUGCAGCAAAGCUGUGCCUGCCAGUAUGGAGACAGCACAGGGCACAGAGUGUGGGCUGAUGAAAGUUCUCCUGACAGCACACAGUCUCAGUGCAGUGACAAUAACUGUAGCUCUAACAGAGACACGAUUCCCUCAGAGAAGUGCAGGCAACACCAGGAUCAACCCGUGUGCAGUGGUCAAGGAAAUUGCAUAGAUGGAAAAUGUUUCUGCUACAAAAACAAGCUAGGCAAGGUGUAUGGCAAGUACUGUGAAAUGGAUGAUUUUUCCUGCCCGUAUCACCAGGGAAACUUGUGUUCUGGUAAUGGUGAAUGUGAAGGUGGUAAAUGCAAAUGCUUUGCUGGCUGGGAAGGUGAUCGUUGUGAGUGCUCAUCACAAUCAGCAAAGCACUGCCUGAAUUCAAAGGGCCAAAUUUGCAGUGGAAGAGGAAAAUGUGUAUGUGGAAAGUGUGAGUGCACAGAUCCAAGAAGCUUUGGCCGUUUCUGUGAAUAUUGCCCUACUUGUAACAAAGCCUGUGAAGAAAACUGGAACUGUGUUCAGUGCUAUCAUUCUAACAAUGCAUCUCAAGUCAUACUUGACCAGUGCACAACCUCAUGCACUUACCUACUGCAUUAUAUUGAUAAUACUUCAGAUUGUUUCUCUGGACGAAACUACUUUAGAGUCUUUUCCAUAAUCUUUAUAGUUACCUUUCUGAUCGGGUUGCUUGUUGUCCUUAUCAUCAGACAGAUAAUUCUACAGGGGAGUAGCAGUAAAGUUAAAUCUUCAUCUGAUUACAGAGUAUCUUCAACAAAGAAGGAAAAGAUGUUUUUGCCUACAGUUUGUACAAGAACAGUAACAUACAGACGUGACAAACCAGAAGAAAUAAAUAUCGACAUCAGCAAGUUGCGAUUAAAUGAAACUUUCAAGUGUGAAUUCUGAAGACUGCAAAUGUCUAUUUCCAUCAUGGUCAUCUUUUAAGAAAUUACCUUUUAUACUCUGUGAGAGUCUUGACUGUUGCCAUAUGGGUUUGUGUUGUGCAUUUUGUUGAAUACUGUAACAAAGUGACAUGUAAACAUAUUCACAUUAUGUGAUUAUGUUUGGAACUAUAGCUGCUGUAUUUUUUAAAUUUUUUUUGAAAGAGAAAUGUGCAUUACUACUGUUCAGAGACAUUAGUGUUGAUGUAGCACUUUAGCAUAUUCUAAUUUAUUUAGUUAUGGCCUAGAAUGUAGAUACAAACGAGUCUGACAAAGCACUGAUCUCACUCUACAUGUAGCUAGUACUGAUGUGCUCUGUGGGAAUGGACAAAAGCUGUGAUUGAAGUAUUAACAUUGCUGUAUAUUAUAGCAAUAGAUUAAACUAUUAAAAUGCUCUUAAAUAGAGUAAAUGGUACUUUUAUAGUUCUCUCAGUUGACAGAUUCCACUGAUUUGUCUGCUUAUUCCUCUUAUCUUUUCCUCAUAAAAAUAAUGGAAUUAAAUGAGUGUUUAGUUCCUGGUAUAGGUAUAUGUUGUGUAUGUAUACAUGCACAUAUGCAUGCACACACAGGUAAAUUAUAUAUUUAUAGGGUUUUUUGUAUGGAAUUUGUCACUUAAGGAUAAUUUAUAUCCAAUAAAGAGUAAUUUUAAGCUUUAAGCUUUUUACUUUUUUAAAUAUAACGCCCCUAUUUUAUGCAAAAUUGAAGGUGUUUGGAAAAUGAGUGUUCCUCUACACAACAGCAUAGUCUACAUAAUGAUCACUGCCAGCAGACUAUGCCUUUAGAGUCAGCAGCAUUAAAUCCAUUGCAAAUAGAUAAAUUGCACCAGAGCUGUAUUGGUUUGCUAGCUACAUGUCAGUGUUUUGCCAAAUAAGGAUUUGGAUCUUUUUGUAUGAUGUCAGGCAUAAGUCUGAUUUUACAUGUGCUCUUUUUCUCUAUGUAAAUGAGUUGAUGAGAUUAGGUUUUCUAAGUUUUUUUGUAACCACUUCAGUUUUUUGUGACUGUGCAUUGAGAAAUGUGUCCAGUGUGUGAUGGAGAAAAGAACCUGCAAUUUAGAAGAAAGUGAGGAAAAUAAGAGUCUUUUUCUUAAAAGAACACAUGAAUUGACUUUUUAAAUAUGGAUCAGAUUCUGCCUUCAGAAAUGUGCAAAAUUCUUCCAAACAUGAUGGGACCAAUAUAAGCUUAUCUGAGAGCAGAGUGUGAGCUACAAAGUCAAGAAAAACAUCUUUUUUUUUUAUCCCUGAAACCAUCUAGAGUGGUAGAACACGUGUUAUUGUUACAUGUUUGUUGGAAGCAUCAGUCUGAUUUACUAACUCUAUGCUGCUGAAGUGCUAUGCAAAUCUAUCAACCUCUAAUGCACUAAAACCUUGCUGGCAAAAAGAAAAAUCAUCUCAGAAGACAGUGUACAAUUUCACUAAUAUUUAUUACUAAUACUAAAUACUGUCACUAUUUGUUAUAGAUAAGAGUUGCAGAAACAAAGCAGGACUUCCUUAUGUGCAGUCUUUAGAAAUUACUUGCAUUUCCUAUUCUGUAUUUCUUCUGUAAAUUCCCACUGAAACCUGAAGACUGUGAGGAUUGAAAGGAAGUCAGGGUGUAGAAAAAUGAUGAGUGUUUUAUGAGUUUUUAGUUUCUUGUGUAUUGGAUGAAGUGGGAUUGAGAAAACUAAUAUACAGACAAUGGGUCUUUCAUUAGUCAUAAAUGCAUAGGGAUUGUUUUUUUAAAAAAAGUGUAAAUUGGAUUUUUAAAGCAGUCUCCAAAGUAGGUCCUGAGCUUUCUACCACACAGGUAAAAUUAUCUCAUUUACACUGACCCUGACUUUAGUGUUAGCUUAAUUGUAGAAUCUUAGUUAUAGAUUAAUUCUGUAGUCUAUGAACUACACCUUAAACUCUCAUUUUCUUUUAAAGUGUAUAGGAUCAUUUUCCUCCUGUGUAAAUGAAAAUAUUUCAAACAACUGGUUUUGGUGGGAUAAAGAUAAAAGAUUGAUAAAAGUUAACCUGCUGUUACCCUUGUCACAAUUCAUGGCUAUUUGUGAGUGGGAAACUAUUUCUGGUUGUCUUAAAUUUAAAAAAUGCUUAGUGCAGUAUAUCUGAGUAUAUAAAAAAGAGGUUAAUUAUGUUCUUUAAACAGGGUGAUAAACCCUUGGAAAAAAAGAUUCCUCAGAAUCUAUUUAUCAUAAUGGACUUUAAAGCAUGUACUAAAGCAUUUACUGAACUAUCUUUUUUACAUUAGAAAUUACUUUUCACUAUUAGAGGGAGUUCAAUUUUGUGGGUAUGGGAUAAUGAAACUGGGUUCUUGGUGGUAGAAAGACUUGAGCUGUAAUACCCAUCUUCCAGACACAUCACAUCAAGCUGCUACUGCUUUUCUUCGGUAGCACUUGGCAUUGGACUGCUGCCUGUGAAGGGGCACGGCCAGUAUUUCCUUAUCAGAAACCUGCCUGAAUGUUUAAAAUGCUCUCAUCAAAUAGAGCAGGCUCACAGGACAAAUUGCACUGUAAGCUGCUUGCUGUCCUGAGAUUAAAAAAAAAAAAAAAAAAAAAAAGGAAAAAAGCUUUCUUGCAUCUCCCUCAUGGUUUUGCUGUAUUGUGGUAGAGGCUGGUGAAAGAGAAUAAGCUGCUGCUAAUGUGACAGGUCAAGGCUUUUAGAAGGCCCGUGGGGAGCUUAUACAGAGCAGGAUUCUUGGGAGGAGGCUUUGUUUCUAGGGAUGGAAUCUAUCCAUGAGAAACUCUGGCUUUGCUUGGUACUUGUUUCCCUCUGCCUUUGACCAUGUUUUUCAGAAGAGCUGCUGCAGGAGAUGAAUAGCUCAACAAAAGCCUCACUAUUUAGGGAGCUGUGUUCUCUCAGCACAUGACCUUAAAUGAGAAAGCAGCCUUUAAUUCACAAGGAAUUUCUUCAGUGAUUGCAGAAGGACUGUGCUUCCUAUAGUACUUAAUAUGGGAGAUAUUAAAGACAAAUUAGUUCAUAAUAGUUUUCAAUGUAUUGUACAUCAAAGAUGCUCAUAAAAAUAGGGGAAAAAAUAACUAACCUCAGAAUAGAACAUUUAAAAGUUCUCAAAUAACACUUCUUAUACUGGGCUUCUUCAAAAAAAUUUAGAAAGAAGUCCAAUAAUUCUACUGCAUGCUUAUAUCCAAAAGUAUACCAGCAGAUACUGCUGUGUCUCAUCAUUGGUUUAGGGAAUUGUUUUUAGAUCUGGUCUCACAAAUGAAGCAUGUGCAUGACUUUUCACAGCAUAUUCGUUACUGUUAAAAUCCAUAUGUAUACUUUGCAAAUUUUUUAACCUUUUUUAACCUUUGAACCAUUAUUUGCCUGACACUUCAGAAAUUUCAUGUGUAUGUAAUUAAAAAGUAUGAAUUUUUCUAUGGAUUUUUUUGACCAUAAAAUGAAGAAAUGCUAUGAAAUAGUUAUUUCCAACCAUCAUGACUACGCUAAUAAGAUUGCUGCAGAAAUGUGUGGGAAAAUAGCUGUUUCAUCCAGAAAACGUGCACAUGGUAUGCAAGGAAUUUUCAUUGUACCCAGCUGAAAUUCCUUUACAUUUGCAAGGACGUUAAAAAUGAACCUUAAAAAGGAAGGAUGUUCGUAUGGACAUAGUUUACGUUUGAACUAUUAUUUACAACUGGAUUUAUUUUUUCCUCUCUAUGAUGUCAUGAAAACCUGCUAUGUAAAGCAUUCUUCUGAGUGCAAUGGAAAAAUAUUAUUUUCCCAAUCGGAUCAUAUAUUAUAUUUAUUUCCUGCUUAGUGUGCAUGUUUUGCAAACCGUGGGAGUGAAUGUGUGAAACCGCUUCUAGCAACCCUCCAUCCUAAAAUAGACAUAGGCUCUGGUGAUGCCCAGGGCAGAGACAUGCAAGGGCACAGCUGCCUGUGUGGAGCCUUCCAGAGGGACAGUGCUGGGGCUCCCCACAGCAUCCCUGAAGAAAUGGUGCUCUGAGAUCUCGCUUUGCCUUUUGUCAGGACAGGAAACCUCUUCAAAGUAGGUUGGCUUGGCAGUGGUGGUGCCCUAGGUUUGCAUCUCAGGCACUUGGCCCCAGGCUGGGACUGCAUUGUGCGCAGUCUGAACCCUAAUGCUGCAGGCUUUUUGCAUCUUUACUCAUCAAAAAUGCCUGCACACAAGCCAGCAAGUGACAGCCUGUACACAGGGAUGCUGCAGACCUCCACUAAACCUCCUGGGGAGGUUUGGGCACCUGCCCGUUGACUUCCCACCAGCCCCUGGAUCUCCACCAGCCAGCCUUAAGGAAUGUCAGCAGUGGCUGUAAAGGGCACUUCUCACAGAGGCAUUUGUGCUGAGUCAGUGCUGGAUGGCUCCUACUGUGCCCCAGCUGCGAGUGACACGUGGUGACAAUGUCCUGGCUGCCAUUUUGCAACAGAGGGGAAAGCAGAAAUGAAGCAAUACUUAAGAAAAAACACUAAUUUUUAAUUCUGAUCCUGAGACGGCUCUGAUGCACAGGUAUCUGUUGGCUCUUACAGAGAACUGAAAUUCAUGGAGGUGAUGGGGGGGGAAAGGUUAAAGUUAACCACUGGGAAUACAUCUUUAUUGCAUGCCCAAUCAGUGGGGUUUCACUGAGAGCAAGCCAGUGCAGAAUGGUUGGCCUGUCUGGUGGUGGGGGGAAGAAAAACAUUAAAUUUCUAGAUUCUUAAGCUUUAGUAAUGUUGUUCUGAAUUGCACGUUCUCUUUGUUUCCUUUUCUGAACGUGCUUAAAGAAAAGGUGCCUAUUAAAAAAAAAAAUUAAAUAUUUGGCAUUUGUUAAAACAGUUACUUCUGUCCAAAUUCUAACAUUUCAUCUUGACACCUAUAGCGUAUUUGGGCUGUUUCACUUCUAUUUUGAAGGGAGAUGUUAAAAAAUUAGUCUUUUGCAGAGGCAUUAGUGUUGGAUGAAUUCACUGUGCUGGCAUCUCCACUCUUACCUACUACUGCUUCAAAAAUAAUGCUACUAUAAGUGUCUUACUUAGCAACUGUGUGACAGCUAUUAAUAAUACUACAGUUUUAAACUUUCUAAUUAACAUCUACUACCUUUUGUAAAAAAUAAAUAUAGAGAGAUAAAUAAUGUGUGUCUAUAUUUUAUGCAUAAAGAAUUUUAGUAAGGGAAGAGGUUUUAAAUUUGAUAACUUCUUACUGCUCAUUUUGCAUUUUAAAUGAUACUUUAAAAUCACUACUUUCAUUCAUCUGGAAAUAUAAUGACUAUUUUAUUAUUUAAAAUAGCAUACUUUUUUUAGCUGUUUUAUUAAUUUCAUUUGACUACUAACUUCUAUUGUGAUAUUUAUUAAUUAGUUACACUGUAGCAUAUUGAGAUGUUUAUUUUUCUAUCAGAGCUGUAACAACUAUGACAAAGCAUUAUUUUAAUGCAACAUCAUUGUACUUGCUCUCUAAAAAAUAAAAUCAAUAUUUAAUCCAUA